AACCCAAAGAAGAAUCAGAGCCCUAGAUUUCAAACACGCAUAAGAAGGGAAGAUCACAACCGUUGAAGCUAGGGCUUCAACAUCCGCAGCACUCCAUUAUAUACUUCUCUCACUUCAUUUUUCUUCUUCCUCCUCCGCCACAGCCACUCUCAACAACGCCGAGUUUUUUCGAUUCACGUCCAAAAUGGUGCAGCGGCUCACCUACCGGAAGCGCCACAGUUAUGCCACCAAAUCCAACCAGCACCGCGUCGUCAAGACUCCCGGAGGGAAGCUAGUCUACCAGACUACCAAAAAGAGGGCAAGUGGCCCUAAGUGCCCUGUCACUGGCAAGAGAAUCCAAGGGAUUCCUCACUUGAGACCUGCUGAGUACAAGAGGUCUAGACUAUCCAGAAACAGGAGGACUGUGAACCGUGCCUAUGGUGGUGUUUUGUCUGGUGGUGCUGUGAGAGAAAGGAUCAUUAGAGCUUUCUUGGUUGAAGAACAAAAAAUCGUGAAGAAGGUUUUGAAGAUACAGAAGGCAAAGGAAAAGGCUGCUGGCAAGAGCUAAGUGUGAGUUACGCGCUGAGUUAGUUUUGGAUACGAGUAGCCAAGAGGAAUCAUGGAACUAUACCGAGAGUUUUUAAGUGUGAUAUCUGUAUUUUUCGUUGGGUCUCUUUCGAAUAUCACCUCUCCUUUUCUCCUUCAGUUUGUCGAGAUAUCUACUUCCUUAGGAUUUCCAGUUUUCGUCCCUUUCAUGACUAUCAACUCAUUUUGGGCUUCGUUUAUGUCAACUUAAAAUUUUGUCUAAUUAAUUUGUGAUUCGUGAUUGUUUCUUA